CGUUCUCUCCCACCAUCGUGGAUAUAACCUCUAUCAACGCUGAGGAGGGUAAAGAACACACAGUGUUGAAGGAAUUUUGACAUGGGACGUCUUGGCUGCCUCUUGGCGACGGUGGUGUUAUCGCUGGCGUCUUCUUUAGACGCCUCCCUCAUCUUCGACGCUGCCGACAUAACAGUGACAUCAGGGGAGUCGCUGACUCUCUCUUGUGGCGUCAAGCAGGAUUUUCAUCUCUGUUUCUGGGACCACGAAGAUGGAAGGAGUUUCCAGGUUGAUAAUGUCCACAGCGGCGUUCAUCCUGGGAUGAGAGCACCCGAGGACCUCACAGACAACCAAUGUGGCAUCGUCAUCGACUCUGUCAGCGUCGAGGACUCAGGGGCGUGGACGUGUAGAGUGUUUCUCACUGGCCGUGGAGGAGAAUUACGCAACUCCAAGACAGUAGCAGCGUGUCACGACUCUUUCGUGUCCCUGGGAGGCGGCUGCUUCCACUUUAAUGAGGAUCUCUGGCUGGACUGGUACGAUGCCAGAUUCUACUGCCAGAACCUCGGCACCUCAGAAUUCACUUCUGACCUGGCAUCGGUGGACGACUGCGAUCAGUUGACAGCAAUCAGGAACCACAUUGUCUCGGAAUAUGGGCCUCUUUGGCACUGGCUUGGUGGCACUGAUGCUGCACAAGAAGACAAUUGGUACUGGGUGACUGGUGGCUCCGUGCCACGAGACCUGCCUUUCUGGUACCCAGACCACCCAUACAACAAUGAAGAGAGAAACUGCUUGUAUAUGGAGAAGUACAGCGGCUACUUCUGGGACAAUGACUGUGAGGAAGCCGGGCCCUUCAUCUGUGAAGAGUUUCCGGUCCCCUUAUUGCACAAAUAAUAAAGAAUCAUUGAGUUUCACAUAGCUUUACGCAAGAAUUUUACAGUAAUAAAAAGACACAUACAUUGAUAAAAUAAAUUUA